ACGAAAGGUUUUUCCUGAGCUGCGGUCGAUAAUCUCCGAUUGCGAUCGCACCAUCGAUUAAUCGUGGUGGCGGUGGUGGUGGUGGGGGGUUGGGGGGGUUCCUCUCCGACAGAUGGCGUCGCCCCGGCCCGUCCCCAAGCCCAGAGCUCGUUACGCCAGGGACAGCCUGAACUCCGGCUCCUCACCAGACGUCAGAUGUCAGAGCGCCAAUGAUGGAGUUCGCUUGAGCACAGAUGAAGACGUACCCGUUGAUGUUCCACAUGCGGUGGCGUCGGACUCCGCCUCCUGCCCGCACACCUCGUCCCCGCCCUCGAUUCAGAGCAUGGUUAGCAACAUUGCUACCCACAUACCGAGCUUAGCGGGGGCCGCCAGCACCAUCUCCGACCCCACUGCCGCUCCCGCGUCUAGCUCCUCCGGUGCGGCGCCUCCUAGCUUGGGCGCCAUUGUUAGCUCAUUAUCAAACAUACCCAGUUUAGCGAGUAUGCUUAGCACGGUGGCUAACUCACCAUCACAAUCUGACAAAGGCGUGCCUCCUUUGACACCAUCUGAUGUUGUUUUCGUGGACUCACCAGCGCCAGCAGAGGGCGAUGUCGGACUCGCGGGACCAGAAGAAGAGGAAGACGACCUCUACAUCACCGUGCUGGAAAGUUGGGACGACGACGCGGAUUCCGACUCGUCCAAUGAGGAGGAACUUUAUCAAAACUGGCCCGCCUCCUCCGCAGCUAAUGGACCAAUGAGAGGAGACCACAUACAAAACCUGCUCAACAAACUACUUUAUCAAAACUGGCCCGCCUCCUCCGCAGCUAAUGGACCAAUGAGAGGAGACCACAUACAAAACCUGCUCAACAGCACCAAUCGUUCGGUGAACGUGACGCCCCCUCGGCCAGCCCCGCCUUCUCCUCUACAAAUUGGCCAAUCAGCAAAGAACAGGAAGCGUUCCAGACAAAAGACCCCCAGCGUGGCAACUAUCCGAGUGUCGAGAAAGAAAGGACACGGCCCGCCCGUCGGUCCACAGGGCGCGAUUGCCCGAGCGAGCUGGUUGGACGUUUGGAAGGGCUUCAGACACAACGUCUUCUGGGCAACGCUGGACGGACAGUUGAUGUCUCUGUGGAAAAAACGAACAGACCAGCUCAGCGAGGUUCUCUUCCACGUGUCCAGCAUCACGAACGUGAAAAAACUCGACAGGGGAAGAUUCUCCGUCUACUUCAAGAAGAAACAUUACGACUUUGUAGCUCACAGCGACGAUGUUCAGGAUGGUUGGGUACAGUCUCUGCUGGCGUCUCGGGGUCAGCCCAGUCCCGCCGCCCCCGACCUCCAUGGACCCAUUACGGUCAAAGACCCCAAGAGCCGCUUCUACGCCGCCGUGUGGGGCCACGACUUCUGGAUUUACCAGAACAAAGACAGCUUCCAGCUGGGUGUGGCUUGCUACAGCGUUCCCCUCAACCUCGUCACAGUCCGGACCACCGGGAAACACUCCUUUACCCUCACCACGCCAUUCAGAACCUUCAACCUGUCUGUUGAUUCCUCGAAGGAUCUGUCCGUCUGGCUAGAAGGUCUGUCGUCGUCUAUCAGCAGCGCUCUUUCCUGUAGCCAGGUGGCGACACGCCUGUGGAAGAACCCGUCCAAUCGGCAGUGUGCCGACUGCGGUGCCGCCGACCCCGAGUGGGCGGCGGUCAACCUGCUGCUCGUCGUCUGUCACAGCUGCGCAGGCCAACAUCGAGCUCUGAGCUGCACCCUGUCUAAGGUCCGCAGUCUGAAGAUGGACAACAAGGUCUGGACUGAACCACUCAUACAGCUGUUUGUUGCCCAUGGUAACCGUCUGGCCAACCAGGUUUGGGCCCCCUUGGUACCCUCUUCAGAGCAGAUCAGUCCAGAGGCUUUCGAUGAGAGCAGAUCAAAGUUCAUCCAGGACAAAUACAGAAAGGGAUGCUACCGACGAGUACACGCCCUUGCUUCCUCUCCCAAGAUGAUGCAGCAGAGGCUGCGAGAGGUUGUUUGUGGCAGUGACGUAGAAGAAACUUUCUUACUCAUCUGUUCGGGGGCAAAGGUGUGUCAAACAGACCCUCAGUGCCCCUCCGUCAUCCAGCUGGCUGAGAGAGCAGGUCAAGCUCUUCAGGUCGAGCUACUCAGACUCAAUGAGUACACAGAGGUUCCACCUUACCUGCCAAAAUCAAGAUAUCGGAGAACUGAGUCCACCCCCUCAGGAGAGGAAGACGAGGAGCUUCACGGAAAACUGGAAGAAGAUCGCUUCCUCUUCUCUUUGGAAUACGACUCAGCAGCGUGCGAUGUCCUCGACUUGCGUGAGGUUUUGUCACUUUUCCGAAAAGAUGGGACGACUUUUCAGUUUGAGUUGAUCACUUUGGACAAUCAACUCAUUUGUGUGGCCGAAAGCGAGGACGAACUGCUCAUCCACCUGGUCCAUAUCCUCAAGGUGAUUCUCCCGAGUGGUGUGUCCUACGCAGAAGUGUGCAGUGCAGUGGGGGUCAGUAAAGUUUGUGUGCUAGAAGACAGCGGAGCCUUGGACAACUCCGAAGCCUGGUUGUUGUUGUGGGAUGGUGGAGUGAGCGUCCACCGAGCUCGCAGAGGCUCCAAGCAGGUGGUCAAAAUGGAACUGAGCGCGCUCGGUCACCACGGGAUGGAUCCGUCGGAAGACAUCGUUACGCUGGUAUCAGGACAAAGGCGAGUUUGCCUGCACUUUGACGAGCACGACAGCUGUGGCAGAUGGUACCGCCUCCUGAACGAUGCUCUGGCCAAGCACGACGCUCCAGAAUCCCCUGUAAUGUCCAGUCAGACUCUGUAUCCAUUGAGUGACCUCACUGAGAUGGACUUGGUGCCGCUUGCCAUCCAACGAUGCAUCCGACAUGUCAAAAACCACGGUCUAAAGGUCGAAGGCAUGUACCGCCGCUGCGGCCUAGCCUCUAAGGUGUCCCAACUCGUGGAGACCCUGGUGAAAUCCCCGGGUGCCGCCCACCUGGAGUCAGACGAACAGGGUGUGCUGGACGCUGCUGCUGCACUCAAGCAGUACAUACGGCAACGGGAAGCGCAGCUCUUCCCCGAGAGCGACCGCCAGGACUGGAUGCGUGCUGCGGUGAUUCUAGAUGAGCGUGCCAGGUUCUCCGCCUACCGUAAGUUGCUAAGGCAACUGCCCACCGAUAAGCGCGUGACGCUGAAUGCUUUGUUUGGACACUUUUACAUGGUCCAGACGUUCUCUCAGAUCAACAAGAUGACAGCCCACAACCUGGCCCUGGUCCUGGUGCCGACGCUCUUCGACAGUCUGAACGCUGACCUGCUCAAGCUGACCCGCGAGCUGGUCCUGUACCACGCGCCGCUCUUCCUGACACACGGGCAGCAGUACCAGGAUGGGGAAGAGGAGAUCACCGUCCUCUGAACAACAACAACAAGAUAUAUUUUCAUUUUCAACUCUCCUGAUGUUGUUUAACUUCUUGUUUUUCACGAAAAGAAUUAAAGAUUUAGGCUCUGA